CGAGAGAGCAAAAGAGAGAGAGGCGAGCCGGAGUGUGAGAGCCAGCCAGGCUGCAUCACAGCACUACCCACUCCUUCCUCCUUCCCUGGAUACAGCCAACAUACCAAGCUGAACAUGGCUCUCAUAGUCCAGGUCAAAACCGUCACAGAUCUGAGAGGCAAGAAUGACCGGAUCGCCAAAGUGACGUUCAGAGGGCUUUCCUUUUUCUCAAGGGUGUUGGAGAACUGUGAGGAUGAAGCUGAGUUUGAUGAGACCUUCCGGUGGCCGGUCGCCAGCAACAUUGAUGGCGAUGAGAUGCUGGAGAUACAGAUAUUCAACUACAGCAAAGUCUUCAGCAACAAGAUCAUCGGGACUUUCUGUAUGGUGCUGCAGAAGGUGGUGGAAGAGGGCCACUUGGAGGUGACUGACACUCUGAUUGAUGAGAACAACUCCACCAUUAAGACCAGUAUUUGCGUGGAGAUCUGGUACCAGGCAGCAGACGGCACCGUGGGCUCCUGGAGUGAUGGGGAAUUCCUAGGGGAUGGGACCUCCCAGGGAGAAGGAAAAGACGGCUUGGCCCUGGAGACGGACGGCUUACUUCAAGGAUCCCACCACAGCUCUCGCCAACGUGGGGAAAGGAGCUUCCGGAGAGCCGGGAGGAGUGUUUUCUCGGCCAUGAAGCUGGGCAAGAACCGAUUCCACAAGGAGGAGCACCGACGACAAGAUGAACCAGCCAUCCUGGAGAUGGAGGACCUGGACCGAUUGGCUAUGAGGCUGGGGGACAGUCUGGAUCCUGACACUGUCUCCCUGGCAUCAGUCACUGCACUGACCACUAAUGUCUCCAACAAGAGGUCCAAGCCAGACAUUAAGAUGGAGCCAAGUGCUGGGCGGCCUAUGGAUUACCAGGUCAGCAUCACUGUGAUUGAGGCCCGGCAGCUGGUGGGGCUGAAUAUGGACCCGGUGGUGUGUGUGGAGGUGGGGGACGACAAGAAGUACACAUCCAUGAAGGAGUCAACCAACUGCCCCUACUACAACGAGUGCUUCGUCUUCGACUUCCACGUCUCUCCCGACGUCAUGUUCGACAAGAUCAUCAAGCUGUCGGUGAUUCACUCCAAGAACCUCCUACGCAGUGGCACCCUCGUGGGAUCCUUCAAAAUGGAUGUAGGAACCGUGUACACGCAGCCUGAGCACCAGUUUCACCACAGAUGGGCAAUCCUGUCCGACCCGGAUGACAUCUCGGCUGGGCUGAAGGGUUAUGUCAAGUGCGACAUUGCCGUCGUGGGCAAGGGAGACAACAUCAAGACCCCUCACAAGGCCAAUGAAACUGAUGAUGAUGACAUUGAGGGGAACUUGCUGCUACCAGAUGGGGUUCCCCCCGAGCGCCAGUGGGCACGCUUCUAUGUGAAGAUCUACCGGGCUGAGGGGCUACCACGCAUGAACACGAGUCUGAUGGCCAAUGUGAAGAAGGCAUUCAUUGGGGAGAACAAGGACCUCGUCGACCCCUACGUCCAAGUCCUCUUUGCUGGACAGAAGGGCAAGACUUCCGUUCAGAAGAGCAGCUACGAACCAAUGUGGAACGAACAGAUUGUGUUCACGGACCUGUUCCCCCCGCUCUGCAAGCGCAUGAAGGUGCAGAUCCGGGAUUCAGACAAAGUCAACGACGUGGCCAUUGGCACCCACUUCAUCGACUUGCGCAAGAUCUCCAACGAUGGAGACAAGGGCUACCUGCCCACACUGGGCCCAGCCUGGGUGAAUAUGUAUGGCUCCACCAGGAACUACUCUCUCCUGGAUGAGCACCAAGAUCUGAAUGAGGGUCUGGGAGAGGGCGUCUCCUUCCGAGCACGCCUGCUGUUGGGCCUGGCCGUGGAGAUCCUGGACACCUCGAACCCCGAACUCACCAGCUCCACGGAGGUGCAGGUGGAGCAAGCCACGCCUGUUGCUGACAGCUGCACAGGGAAGAUGGAGGAAUUCUUCCUUUUCGGUGCUUUCCUGGAGGCCUCCAUGAUCGACCGGAAAAACGGGGACAAACCCAUCAACUUUGAGGUUACCAUAGGAAACUACGGGAACCAGGUGGACGGGCUGUCCAGGCCACCGCGCCGGAAGAAGAAGGAAGGCGGGGAAGAGGAGGAGGUGGAGCUAAUCCAGAACUCCAGUGAGGAUGAGGUGGAUGAGGAAAGGGACCUGGUGUCUGUCUCCUCCUCACCCCCGAUGCGUCCCCAGAUCACAGACAGGAACUACUUCCACCUGCCCUACCUGGAGCGCAAGCCCUGCAUCUACAUCAAGAGCUGGUGGCAGGACCAGCGGCGGCGCCUCUACAAUGCCAACAUUAUAGACCACGUUGCCGACAAGCUGGAGGAAGGCUUAAAUGACGUCCAGGAGAUGAUCAAGACGGAGAAGUCCUACCCCGAGCGCCGACUCCGGGGAGUCUUGGAAGAGCUCGGCUGCGGCUGCUUCCGUUUUGUCUCGCUUGCCAACAAGGACCAGAACCAAUCGUCCCGCACGCGACUCGACAGGGAACGGCUCAAGUCCUGCGUGAGGGAGCUGGAGAGCAUGGGGCAGCAGGCGAAGUCACUGCGGGCUCAGGUGAAGCGUCACACUGUGCGGGACAAGCUGAAACUCGGGCAGAACUUCCUGCAGAAGCUGCGCUUCCUGGCAGAUGAGCCGCAGCACAGCAUCCCUGACAUCUUCAUCUGGAUGAUGAGUAACAACAAACGCAUUGCCUAUGCCCGGGUCCCCUCCAAGGAUGUGCUGUACUCCAUCGUGGAGGAAGAAGCCGGCAAGGACUGCGCUAAAGUCAAGACCCUCUUCCUCAAGUUGCCAGGCAAGCGUGGCUUUGGCUCAGCCGGCUGGACCGUGCAGGCCAAGCUAGAGCUCUACCUCUGGCUGAGCCUCAAUAAGCAGCGCAAGGACUUCCUGUGCGGCUUACCCUGUGGUUUCGAGGAGACUAAGGCGGCCCAGGGCCUGGGCCUGCAGUCCUUCCCUCCCAUCAGCCUCUGCUACACCAAGAAGCAGGUGUUCCAGCUCCGGGCCCACAUGUACCAGGCCCGGAGCCUCUUUGCAGCCGACAGCAGUGGCCUCUCUGACCCCUUCGCCCGCGUCUUCUUCAUCACCCAAAGCCAGUGCACCGAGGUGCUGAAUGAGACCCUGUGUCCCACCUGGGACCAGAUGCUGGUGUUUGACAACCUGGAGCUGUACGGAGAGGCCCAUGAGCUGCGGGAUGACCCCCCCAUCAUAGUCAUCGAGAUCUACGACCAGGACACCAUGGGCAAGGCAGACUUCAUGGGCCGGACCUUCGCUAAGCCUUUGGUAAAGAUGGCGGACGAGGAGUACCGCCCACCCCGCUUCCCUCCCCAGCUUGAGUAUUACCAGAUCUACCGCGGUAACGCCACGGCCGGAGACCUGCUGGCCGCCUUUGAGCUGCUCCAGAUCGGGCCCGCGGGGAAAGCAGACCUGCCCCCCGUCGACGGGCCCACGGACGUGGACCGCGGCCCCAUCAUGCCCGUUCCCCUCGGCAUCCGGCCCGUGCUCAGCAAAUACCGUAUCGAGGUGCUGUUCUGGGGCCUGCGGGACCUGAAGCGGGUGAAUCUGGCCCAGGUGGACCGGCCCCGCGUGGACAUUGAGUGUGCCGGCCGGGGGGUGCAGUCCUCCCUGAUCCACAACUACAAGAAGAACCCCAACUUCAGCACCCUCGUCAAGUGGUUUGAAGUGGACCUCCCGGAGAAUGAACUGCUCCACCCGCCUCUGAACAUCCGGGUAGUGGACUGUCGCGCCUUCGGCCGUUACACCCUGGUGGGCUCCCAUGCCGUCAGCUCUCUGCGCCGCUUCAUCUACCGCCCUCCUGACCGGUCCACCCCCACCUGGAGCGGCACAGUUAGACUACUCAGGGGGCGCCGGGUGCCGCCCAACGGGGGCCCCUGCUCUUACCCCACAGGGGAGAUUGUGAUCAACACGGAGCCGGAGGUGCCGGUCAAGAAACUAGAAACCAUGGUCAAACUGGACGCGAGUUCGGAUGCUGUGGUCAAGAUAGAUGUGACGGAGGAGGAGAAGGAGAAGAAGAAAAAGAAGAAGAAGGGGUCAGGCGAAGAGCAAGAGGAAGAGGAGACAGAUGAGAGCAUGCUGGACUGGUGGUCAAAGUAUUUCGCUUCCAUCGACACCAUGAAGGAGCAACUGCGGCAGCAGGAGGCAGCAGCAGCUGAGGCCGAAGACAAAGAGGAGACAGAUGUAGCUGAGGGUUCCAAGGGUCAUAUGAAAGGGAAGGAGAAGGCCAAGGCCCUCAAGGAAGACAAGAAGAAAAAGGGGCAGAACCAGGGCCCUGGGCAGGGGUCUGAGCCCCUGGAGAAGAAGAAGCCCAAAAUUGAUGAACUUAAGGUGUACCCUAAGGAGCUGGAAUCGGACUUCGACAACUUUGAAGACUGGCUGCACACUUUCAACCUACUGCGGGGCAAAAUCGGGGACGACGAAGACAGCUCCACCGAAGAAGAACGCAUCGUGGGCAGGUUCAAGGGUUCCCUGUGCGUGUACAAGGUGCCCCUCCCCGAAGAGGUGUCCCGGGAAGCCAGCUACGACCCCACCUACGGCAUGUUCCAGGGCAUCCCGAGCAACGACCCCAUCAACGUGCUGGUCCGGGUGUACGUGGUCCGGGCCACGGACCUGCACCCCGCAGACAUCAACGGGAAAGCCGACCCCUACAUCGCCAUCCGGCUGGGCAAGACGGACAUCCGAGACAAAGAGAACUACAUCUCCAAGCAGCUAAACCCCGUCUUUGGGAAGUCCUUUGACAUCGAGGCCUCCUUCCCCAUGGAGUCCAUGCUGACCGUGGCCGUGUACGACUGGGACCUGGUGGGCACGGACGACCUCAUUGGGGAGACCAAGAUCGACCUGGAGAACCGCUACUACAGCAAGCACCGGGCCACUUGCGGCAUCGCCCAGACCUACUCCAUCCACGGUUACAACAUCUGGAGGGACCCCCUGAAGCCAUCCCAGAUCCUGUCCCGGCUCUGCAAGGAAGGCAAGGUGGAUGGGCCGCACUUCGGCCCCCCGGGCCGUGUCAAGGUGGCCAACCGUGUGUUCACCGGUCCUGCCGAAAUCGAGGACGAAAACGGUCAGAAGAAACCGUGCGAUGAGCACGUGGCGCUGGCUGCGCUGCGGCACUGGGAGGACAUCCCCCGGGUGGGCUGCCCUCUGGUCCCGGAACACGUGGAGACACGCCCACUCCUCAACCCUGACAAACCUGGGAUUGAACAGGGUCGACUGGAAUUGUGGGUGGACAUGUUCCCCAUGGAUAUGCCAGCUCCUGGGACUCCUUUGGAUAUCUCUCCCCGGAAGCCCAAAAAGUACGAGCUGCGGGUAAUUGUGUGGAACACGGAUGAGGUGGUGCUGGAAGAUGACGACUUCUUUACUGGAGAGAAAUCCAGCGACAUAUUCGUUCGGGGCUGGUUGAAGGGGCAGCAAGAGGACAAGCAGGACACGGACGUUCACUACCACUCGUUGACCGGCGAGGGAAACUUCAACUGGCGCUACCUCUUCCCCUUUGACUACCUGGCAGCCGAGGAGAAGAUUGUCAUCUCCAAGAAGGAGUCCAUGUUUUCCUGGGACGAGACCGAGUACAAGAUCCCCGCCCGGCUCACCCUGCAAAUCUGGGACGCGGACCACUUCUCAGCCGACGACUUCCUGGGUGCCAUCGAACUAGACCUGAACCGGUUCCCGCGGGGCGCCAAGACGGCCAAGCAGUGCUCCAUGGAGAUGGCCACGGGCGAGGUGGAUGUGCCGCUCAUCUCCAUCUUCAAGCAGAAGCGGGUCAAGGGCUGGUGGCCGCUGCUGGCCCGUGAUGAGAACGAUGAGUUUGAGCUCACUGGGAAGGUGGAGGCAGAGCUGCACCUCCUGACUGCAGAGGAGGCAGAGAAGAACCCGGUCGGCCUGGCCCGCAACGAACCCGACCCCCUGGAGAAGCCCAACCGCCCGGACACGGCCUUCGUCUGGUUCCUGAACCCGCUCAAGUCCAUCAAGUACCUCAUCUGUACCCGCUACAAGUGGCUCAUCAUCAAGAUCGUACUGGCGCUGCUGGGGCUGCUGAUGCUGGCGCUCUUCCUCUACAGUCUGCCUGGCUACAUGGUCAAAAAGCUCCUGGGGGCUUGAGGUCCGUCCUCCUCCCGCCGCUGACCAAGUUCUUACCAUCCGAACUAUGUUUGUCUUCUUCCCCGACAGAGACGGCCGGGGCUCCGGCCAAGUCCUGCCUGAGUCCCGUCUCCCCGUUGUCUGGCAGUGUCUGUUUCCUCAUUCCUAUCUCCACUCAGCCACUGCCCCCGAAACAGGUCGGCUAAGAAAGGCAGCAUGAGCCUCGCUGGGGGGAGGCACAGUCUGCUGCUCUUCCUUGCUGAGCUUCUACCCUUCCCUACUUCUCGGGCCAGAUGCGAGCGAGCUCCUAACUUACUUGUGCUCCCCAAGCCCAAAGCCCACGUCCUACCUGCAGCUGUUUUAGGAACAGGAACUGUGGGCCGGCACUCAGGACUGCAGACUGGAUCCGAGGGAAGACCAAGAGAGGCUUAAACCACCACCCCCCGAGCUGCCCUGGGGGACAACGCUAAGGAGGGAGCUGUUGACCUGACCACUUGGCUCCCGGGGCAGGGCCCACCUUCACUGGGAUAUUCUACUCCCCACCCCUCUACCCCGCUGCUGCUACUGCCCGGGUCCUGCUGCCCCUACCCCCUUCAGACUCUUCCGAGGCCUCAGCAAGGCUGGCCAGCUGGCCCGGGAGAGGAAGGAGAAAGGGGGACCUCGGGCCAGACCCAGGGCAAGGAGAAUGCCUCCAGGCCUAGAGGAGUUCAGCUUUGCCAAGGAAGGGCCAGGAGGAUCUUCCUCACUCACCUUCGAUCCCCACCCUGAGGAUACUUCCAUCUGCCCGUGGGCCUGGGCUGUGUGUGUCUGUGCUCUCUUUCCCUUUGGCAUUUGUAACUCUUCCUCCAAGAUGGCCCGGUCUGAGAUUCGUGGCUUUGGAGUAUGUGUGUGUGAGAUAGAGAGAGAGAGAACGAGCCCCCUCCAUGCUCUCAGUACUUCAUCCCCUAUCCCUCCCCCUCUUCACUUCUCCACCUGCCCUGCCCCAGUCCCACCACCUGUGGAAAUUCAGCUUCUCCUUUACCUCACCCUGCUGCUGUUCAGAGUCUGAGCCUGAAGCUUCCCUCUCCAGUUUGGUUUGCUGUGUUUGAGGGGUUUUUUUUUUUUCUUUUUUGGGGUGCUUUCUCUCAAUAAAAUAAACUUAGUACCUGG